GCUGUUUCCUGCAUCAUCAACACAAAGGUCUAGUUUGGGCUGUUUAAGGGUGUUUGAGUCCAUUUGAGUGGUCACAGAUUCCUCUUGUUGACUUUUGAAGCUGAUAACAUAUGGUUGAAUGUACAAUACACAAACGUAGUCUGCAGAGAGUUUUUAAGUUGUACUGCAAGUCUUUAUUCUUGUUGAAGGCAGGUGUGAAAUGAAACAGCUUCCUGUUUAGGUGUCAGUAAAAAACACCUCUCAUUCUGAAGAUCACAGCUCAUCUGUAAAGACGUACUGUCCAACAUAAGAGCCAAAUAUGGAAUUAGACAAUUUUUAUCAAAAUGUUGGACGCAGAAAUAUUAAGGACACAUUUAAACCUCGAACACUGAAUCACAGGCAGGAUGAAGAGCGCAGAGGAAGUAGAUGUUUGGUGUUGAUGACAGUGUGUCUCGGGCUCAUUUGUGUUCUUCUGCUGGUCAUCAUCAUCUUCAUCACAGCAGAGAGAGAAUCUCUGGUCAAGAGUUACAAGAACUCAGUUGAAGAGAUCAAUCAGACCAUCAACAGCUUACAGGAGAAUUACACUGAACUAACACAGAAGAAACUGGAGUUAGAAAGCAAAGUCACAUCUUUGAGUGAUGACCUGACAAGAGAAGCUUCUAAACGAGGUUAUUUUUUUUUCAUAUCCCAUGAGUUGAAGAGCUGGUCUGAGAGCAGGCAGUACUGCAGGGAUCGAGGAGCUGAUCUGGUCAUUAUCAACACUGAAGAGAAGCAGAGGUUCAUAUCUUCAUUCGCUAAGGAGAGAGUGUGGAUUGGUUUGUCUGACAUUGAGAACAAACACAGAAUGAUAUGGGUGGAUAAUUCAACACUGAAUCAAGGGUUUUGGUUCAAAUAUGAGCCGAAUAACUAUGAAGGAAAUGAGGACUGUAUUGAACUGAACCCUACAAAAGACCCUGUGAACAACUGGAAUGAUCAACCAUGCUCUCACAAGAGGAAAGGGAUUUGUGAGAAAUAGUCGUCUGUUUUUGCUUCUAUUAUUUCAUUGAAUCAUUUUUAUUGUGCAUGUACAAUUUCUGCCAGCAGAUGUUCAUAUGAAUUUGUUAUAAGGAAAAUGUCAAUAUGAUAUUAUUCUAGCUGUUAUCAUGCCUCUUAUUUGUUAGUCUGAAGUGUUGAAGUGAAAAUUACAGUAAACUACCGAAGUCUAAAGUGUCCCAGAUUGCACUGAUUCAUUGAUUCUGAUACUGAGUGUCUGUGAAACUGCCUUUGUGUUGUAUUUCUUUCACUUUCCAUAAAAUGGUCAAUAACCAUUAUUAAUUGACUAAAUUGUAUUUUAUUUUUGUUUUGUUUUCAAGUUAUUUUAAUUUAUUAAUGUACUAAUAAACGCAUUAG